AGAUAGGGUUUGUAGGUCGUUCUGCAAGAUGUCACAGUCCUCUUUGGCUCUGACUUGGUGAUAGACAAUGCAGUCAUCAGCGAACAGCAUUGAAGAUGACUUCAGUCCGUCUGACGGCCGCCACUUCUGUACGUCGUACAGCUCCAUCAAGACGGAUGGCGAACGAGAUGAAGGCGCGCAAACCUCGUACGCCAUUCUGAGGGCCACGCGGAUGGCUGCCAUGUUUCCCGUGGUCUCCCUGGUGAUGAUCACAGUGGCUGUCAUACUGGGUAUCCUUGGUAACAUCCGACAGGACAUGAAGACCCUCUUUGCGGCUGUGAUAUUCGUACUCGCAGGCCUGAUGCUGGCUGUCGGCAUCAUCUUCUACAUCUCGGCCAUCAAUGACGAGGUUGGAUACCGCACCAAGGGCAAGGAAGGCAAAAAGUUCGAGUACGAGUACGGCUGGUCCUUCUUCUUCGCCGGUAUAGCGUUCAUGAUCGCCGAGGCGACGGCGGUGGUAUUCGUGACACAAUUCAUGCAGCGGCACGCGAGCAGGGACGACAUGGUACGCAUCAUACCCGGCCUCGAGGACAAGCUGGAUGUGGAGAAAGAUACGUUGAGCGGAACAACGAACCCGACAAUAAUACUGUAAGGGCGAGGUGACGAUGGAGUCAGCUGUGGGUAAACAACGAACACGGACAUUUUACUGUUUAAAAGGAUGAGAUGAGAUAGUGUUCAAUAAUUAACGAUGAAAAACGUUCACGAAUAUGUACAUGUCACUGCAUGCACAAGCCUAUUAAAAAACUUAUAAAGCAUUUGGUACCCACCAUGUACUAAAAAAUCUUUAUGUGUUCUCAGCUAUAUAAUGGAUACCUAAGCCGCCUUUGAGAGUUUCGGCAUUAGCACAUGUAUUUUAAAGUGUAAGAAUAGGUUCGUCGAUGAGUCUACGAAGACAAAAUGAUUGAUAAUUGUACAUGCAUGUUGGAUUUAUUUAUAUUAAUUAUCGUACCGGUGUGCUGGAAUACAUGUAUUGAACACAUGAUUAGUUAAGCCGUCUAUUUCAAUAACAGUGUAUUGAAUGUCUACAUACCCCAUGUGUUAGCGUACUUGCACAUUUUAACUGGAACAUGCGCGUGUGUGCUUGUUUACACAUUUGCACGAUUACAAUAAUAAUUAUUACUAUUAUAUUUAUACAUUUAUCGGAGUAUACAAAUAGUUUAUAAUAUAUGUAUAUUAGCAAGUUUAUUAAACAAUACAUCCAGAGGCCAAAAGCCCAAGUGGAUAUUGUAUUAUUAAACAAAGUAGUAAUACACUUUAAUGCAACAAUACAUACAUGUAUUAUUAAAUACUAGGUUUUCAUAUUUACAACUAUCGAUAGUAUAUAUGCAAUUUGAUAUGUGUAAUAACUUCAAAUUAUAAUGGAGCUUAUUAAGUGCAACCAUAUAUCAAAUGUAGUAUAAUGUACAUAUGCUAGGUCUAUAUAAAUUUUGUGGAAAGAAUUAUAUUUAUUUUAACAUAUCAGAAUGUGUUUUGAAUAUGACUUUUGUUUUGUCCAUGUAACGGGAGUUUUAACAUAUUAAUGUGUUUAACUGAGACUACUUAGCAAUCGUUACAUUUUCUUUUGUUUCCAAUACACGAGAGCUG